AUGGAGGUCAUUGGAAAAUGGCGGGAGUCUUUCCGUUUGGAAAACGUUGAAUCCCGGGUCAGAUACCUCGUGGAAUACGCAACUGAAUAUAUCCAGAAUAACGACAAUAUGCCUAGUGUAUACGCCGCAACAACCGCUUUGGGAGCUCUGAUGUUUUUGUUUGUGCUAAGACCUUUGAAUAGGAGGUUUACGGACAACAAGAGCAACAAGACCUCCAAGAAAAAGACCAAAGGUCAGAGCAAGAAAAAGGCUACCAGUCGCUCCUCUAAACCCGUUAGUCUGGAGGAUCAGAUCGAAAAUGUGUACAUGAGGUUUUCGAAGGAAUACAAACAAGCUGUGGAUGCCCUGGUGGAAGAUUUCGAUCCGUCGUCCGAAAAAUUGCAGUACCAGCGGAACUACUACAACGAAAUGCUACUAAAGCUGGUCAUCGAGCUGGACGGUGUCGAUCUGGUCGACUUGACAGGCGAUCGAAAAACUGCUCUAAAAGACAGACGUAAACAGGUCAUUAGAGCGAUCCAAACAGACCUCAAAAGGCUGGACUCUCUUAAGAAACAGGGUUGCUGA